AUGGAAAAAAUUCACUUGAUACUUGGAGAUGCCCCUUUACAGAUCUACUCCUCAGCACUUGUAUUCGCGUCGGAGAAUAGUAUGAUACGUCAAACGUUUAUGAGCAAAGUGGCGACAGCGACAUCUAAGGUGCUCGAGGGCCAUUCGUCUUGGGUCACUGUAGCGACUUUUUCGCCAGAUGGGCAGCUGGUUGCAUCGGCGUCUAAUGACAACACAGUACGACUGUGGGAGGUGGCGACAGGGGCGUGUCGUGGGGUGCUGGAAGGUCAUCACUCAUGGGUCAUCACGGUAACCUUCUCGCCAGACAGCCAGCUGCUAGCGUCGGCAUCUUACGAUGAGACAGUAAGGCUGUGGGAAGUGGCUACUGGGGUUUGUCGUAGCAUGAUAAAUCGUCUUGGAGGAUACAUCUGGUCUAUCGACUUUUCGCCAGAUGGCCAAUUACUCCAUACAGACCGAGGCGACUGUGCCUUAGAUGGAACUAAAGAUGUUCCAUCACUCUCGAGCUCACAAGCACAACCUUCCUACUGUAUAGUUCAGGAGCGGUGGAUACUGCGCAAUCAUGAACGUUUUUUGUGGAUCCCGCCAAAAUUUCGAACGCAGGCGACUGCCGCAUGUCAGGACAUGGUUUGUUUGGGACUACAAUCUGGCCGUAUAAUCUUGAUCAAGAUUCUCUAG